UGAACUAACCGCGGCGAUGGUUCUCUCCUCCUCGGAAGAAGCUCGCCGUCUCUUAUUGUUUUAGUUGUGCGUGUAGCGUGCGCGCGCGCGUGUGUGCACGUGUAUGCGUGUUGUGUGCGUGUGCGUGUGUGUGUGUGUGAGUGAGUGAGUGAGUGAGUGUGUGUGUGUGAGUGAGUGUGUCUGCAUGCUGGCGUCUCCUCCUCGGUGCGACACAUGCAAUUAAAAGAGUACCUCUUCUACUUGAGGACGCCACAAGAAGAAGAGAAAGAAAAAGAAGAAGAAGAAGAAAUCGUAGCAUUGUUACGAAUUAAGCCACGUGAGAGAAACACAAGAAACCCCGCACAGGCAGGAUCUACGAUUUGCCCCCCUUCUUCUUCUUCUUCCUAUAUGAUACAAUUAGCAGGCGUAACGUGGAGAACUGUGCUGUCAUUAUUGCUGCUAUUGUUGUUAUUAUGCAAGCGCAAGGAUCUCAUUUGUCACCGGGUGUUUGAGACACUGGAUUCGCCCAAAUCAAUCAAUGUGGUUUCUUUGGAACAUUUUCAGCAAAGGAACGCAUAUGCUGCAGUGUCUUUGUGGCAAGAGUCUCAAGAAAAACAAGAAUACAAGUGAUCCCCAGCUCAAGGGCAUAGUGACCAGGUUAUACUGCAGACAGGGCUACUACUUGCAAAUGAAUCCCGAUGGCUCUCUCGAUGGCACCAAGGACGACAGCAGUAAUUCCUCUUUGUUCAACCUCAUUCCCGUGGGCCUCCGAGUCGUCGCCAUUCAGUCUGUGAAGACGGGCUUGUACAUCGCCAUGAACGGGGAGGGUCAUCUCUACACAUCAGAACUCUUCACGGCAGAGUGCAAAUUCAAAGAGUCGGUGUUCGAGAACUACUACGUCAUCUACUCGUCCAUGUUGUACCGACAGCAGGAGUCGGGUCGGGCCUGGUUCCUCGGUCUCAAUAAAGAGGGUCAAGCCAUGAAGGGGAACCGAGUGAAGAAAACCAAACCGGCCGCCCACUUCCUGCCCAAGCCAUUAGAAGUCGCCAUGUACCGAGAGCCAUCGCUGCACGACGUCGGCGAGACGGUGCCCAAAGCGGCGGUCCCGGCCAGUAAAAGCACAAGUGAGCCUGUGGUGAUGAACGGAGGCAAACCUGUAAGCAAGCCCGACAAACCAGCCACAUAACCACGCCCCGCCUCCCCCCAUGACUGAUCGCUGUGUGCCCGGACGAUGGCGGCGGACCUUUUCCCCUUCGCUAGAGCGUCUUUCCUCGGCGGAUCCGGCCCAACCUUUCUUCUGUUUCUUCUCUUGCUCCUCCACUUUUGUCUCUGCCUCGUCCUCGCCCUUUUUCCAGCUGUCUGGUUCAGGGAUUCUUAGGUGGAGGCUGGGGGAGGGUACUGGCAGGGUGGUGGUCGAGUUCCCCAGCGCAGGAGGACAAUAUCAGACCUCUCUGAUCCUGGAAUGCCUUUAAAAAUCCCUCUGGAACUGUGAGGUUGCGGUGUGAACGUGUGUUUUACAGCCACUUGGCUUGCCGUGGGUUCUUACAAAAAACCUCGUUCCCUUCUUUGAUGCCCUAUUGCAGAGGAAGUCUGUGCACCUGCAGACCUAUUUUCUAUACCAUGGUUCACCAGCUAUGUUCUGGGAUAGCGGCUGUAUAGAUAGAGUAAAUAUGUGGACGACUGUCCUCUAUUUUUUAAUGAAUAUGUCCCCCUUCCUCUCUUCUCUUUUCUAGAACCAGUCACACACUUUCCUCUUUGACCUUAGAAACAGACACAAACGACUGCAUACAGACACACAAAAACGGUAGGAUGUUGUUGUUUUUUUGUUUUGUUCUUACAGCACCUGCAAUCGUUGUUGAUGGAGUGCUAGUUACCGCCAGCGCAACAAUCAGUGCAAUGGGGCUCUCCGCAAACACAUUAGCAAAAAGGGAUGUGGGCGGGAAAAGCGCUGUACGGGAAUGGUGUCUGCAUAUCACAAAGGUCCCACCAAGCGUAAGUUCAGCGGUCCACCUUCUCUGGUAAAUCUAUUUUUCUUGAAGUUAAUUUCCGAGCGCGGGCUCUAGGAAUAUCUCUCGCCGUUGUGGGCCUCGGUUGCCGACUUGUUGAGCUUCUUAGGCUCGAGACUUUUGGCCGAGAUGGUCACUACGACACGGGCAGGCAGCCCCUUCCGCAACGUUUCCAACAUUUGUCAGCUGCGUCUGCAAACUAAAGCAUGGGCAAGAUUGAUCUUGUGUUCUGUCUCUCUUGCAGCAACAACGUAUAUUGUGACAUUUUCAUUGUGUGAUAUCAAGGUACUGGGGGGGAUUACUUAAAAGAGGUUUUUAAAGAGGUAGGUUAUUAUUCAAGAGAAAUCGUCUCCUAGCUCAGCAUGCAGAGUCCAGUACUGAUCCUUCUGGCCUAUCACGUGCCUGUUUUCAACUUCGAUUUUUCCCGGCAUGCAAAAAGCGGUUCCCAGUCCCCACUGGGCCAAAGGUGCCUCGCCCACCCGACCCCCCGCCCAUUACACGUAGCAUCGUUAGCGUAGCGAGAAUCACCCGGCUCACUCUGAAAUGACCAAAGGCUUUCCCCCCCCUCACCAAUCAGGAAGAUUCUUCGAAAAUCCUCUCAAAUCAUCCACGCUUUCACUGUGAUAGCUUUUUGUUCCCGACCCCUUCCGAGAUGUUUGCGUGACCGCCGCCCUGCUAUGCUACUCCGUGGAAAGGUCUUAACUUGAUGUCAUUUUGCAGAGCUUUGUCUACCUUCAAUUAGUCACAUGCAUGUACUUUCCGAGGCGUCGGGAUAUAGAGUACGCAGUGUAGGACUUGACACGGGCAUGUCGCGGGCUACGGCACUUUCGCAAGCUAAUCUGCAUUUUCACCUCGUUACUCUCAUCAUGACUGUUAGCAGAUGAUGACCAAUACGUGACAUUUGUCUUGCUUUGAUCGGGCUUUUCCGACUACUUUAAUUUCUUUCAGGUUGAGAAAGUUAACAUUUUUACAAUGUUGAUCAGGAAUAAGACUCGACCGAUUUGUUAGUAUGAGUAAAUGUAGGAGCUGGAAAGCAUUGUAAUUGUACUUGGGAUUGUGUGUUUGCGUCAAUUCUCAGUCAUCCAGGUCAUUGUAAUCCACACAAUAUGGAGACGGAAAUUGUAGAAUUCUAGUUGCCUUCUUCGACUCUUUAAAGACAACUAGACUUUUUGGUUGUUGAACUCCACUUCUGUUCAACUUUGAAAGGCAACUAGACAAACGUCUUGGUUGUUCAGCAACCAAGAAGAGGUUCAGUUCCCUUGACAACUGCGCCAGUUGUCUGUUAUCGAAUUUCGAAGGAAACCAGACUCCUCGGUUUAACUGGACUCUAUUGCCUUUUAUUCAACAGUUGAAUGCUUCUCGGAACUCCACUUUGACAACUUUGAAACAACCAAGAAAUUAGUUGCCGUCCAUCCAACUUUCGACUUCUUCUUGAUUGUUAUACUGGACUUCUAUUCAACUUCAAAACAAUCAAAGUCAAGUUGUCUUCUUUUAGACCUUAAAAAAAAAACUAAUUGACUUCUCCUUGGUGGACUUCAAUAAAACUUUGAAACAACCAGUCCAGUUGCCUUCAGUUAAACGUCAAAGGCAAGCCAAGUUCAAUUUUGUAAACGGCUGCUAUGUUAAACCGUGUUUGGAUCCGCAUCAACACUUUGUUUCCUUCUCCCAAUUUCCUGAUACGGGUCAUGUGUGGUGUCAUUUCCCCUCAUUGCCUCCGAUGUACUGUACUUGCACGUACUUGUUUAUUGUGUCCCAUUUUGUCCCACUUUUUGCAUGGUGGAGAGAAAGGUGUCGACGAACUGCAUGUAACGUACGAUAUGUCUAUCACCAACUGUUGGUAUGUAUCGCUACAUUUUUUUAAAACGACGUAUAUGCAAAAUGUUUGUCGGCACCGUACAGUUCGUUUAUUGUAUACAGGCGUACAAAACGUUAAAUAUUUAGGCGAGGGAGUGCUGUAAAUGUAGGAUGUAAUGCGCAGUGUGUGCAGUAUAUGUUUGCACCUGGAAAGGUAACAAAUAUGGUACUGGAAUUACAAAGGAGUAUUAGGAACACUGAAAAGAAAAAAAGUAACAAUAAACUAUAACGGAAUGACUAUUUUCGUAGUAUGACUUUGUUCUCAUCAACCUCUUGUCAAAAAAGGUUUCAAUUCCUGUAACAUUAUGACUUUAUUCCAAUAAAAUCACAAUUCUAUUCUUGUAGAAUUAAAACAACAAUAUUCUGGCUUUUCUUCCAAUGUUAUAUUUUGGGUAAGAUAACUUCUUUGUUGAAAAAUCUUGACUAUUUAUUCUUAUAAGAUUAAAAAUUUUCUUUGGAAAACAAUAUAACCUUACUCUCAUAAGAUUCUGACUUUUUUUUCUUUUUCAGAAAACUGUAACAUAACUGUUUUUCUCUUAAAAGCUCAUUCACUGCCAGCCUUCCCAGUUAACAUGGAUAUUUGACUUCUAAAGCCGUCAAUGGCAGUGAAUGUGUUUUAAAAUUAGUUUUCCCCUCAUAUUUUUUUCUCUCUAAAUUUAGGACUUCAGUCUCCUCGUAUAAUUAUUUUCCUUCUUUUUCAUGUGACCUAAUACACAUUUGUAAGUUUUAUUAUUGCGUCCCUUCCUGAAGUUUAUUGACAAAAGAGUUGGAAAACACAAUGAGGUAAUCCCCAAACUCAUAAAUGCUCUUCUGAAUGGAUGCAAAUUCCCACCUGAGCGGACCCUGUUGGAGAUGCAAAGGGGGCCAGCUCCAUAUUUAUUUUCAUUUUCACGUCCGGAUUGGUGGCCACAUGUCCCAAUACCUUUGUGCAUAUAGCGCAUGUAUGUAUGUCCUCUCAAUUUGCUAUGAGGAAUAUCAAUACCUGAAUGUCUGAGUCUUGUUCUUUUGGGGAAGGUUAAAGGAAAAGUCACUAUUGAAAUGAUUUAUUUUUUAAAAACAAAUAUAUAACACUAUAUACCAUUGCAAGUAUGCCCAUUUGGAGUUAUGUCAUGUUACCAAAUUUGUAACCAUCUAUGUAUGUUAAGGUCUUAUUUGCAUUGUUUUCCAUGCAAAU